CAGCAUCGUCGCGUGUCUUUUAUACGAGAAAGACCCAGCAUCAGUAGACCUCGUGGGCGACCGACCCCCGGCUGGUGAGGAAAUCAUUAACCUGGAGCAGGCAGUUAAUUAAUGCACGGGACCAAGCCGGCGGAAUGAUCCGCGAGGACCAGCAGCACAACUACGACAUCUUCCGCGAGUGCUUCUCGACGGUGCUCAUUGAGAGAAUCACCAGGCACGAGGCUCACGGCAAGAGCAAGAGGAAGAGGGACCGCAGGGCAGCCAAGCCCGGGCCUGAGGACACGCCAGCUAGAGGUCAUGGGGAGACCCCAACGGAGAACCUGGGCUCGCCCGAGGAAUUGGCAGACUUUGUCGACUUCACGGCCGAGCAGACAUUCGAGUACCUGCCCGAGGAGCUCAAGACAGUGCAGCACUACGAGUGGGCCAAGGACGCAGAGAUGCAGGCCCGGUACCAGCCGCCCCUGACCAGCGCAGACAUUGCUGAGCUCAUGCCGUCCCUGGACCCGGCCAUUGAGGAGUCCCUCGCCGCAUAUGGCAUCGUAGAUGGCACCAGUACCAGUGCCAGUGCCAGCAGCAACAGGAUAAGCAACCGGCGCAACCCCCAGGGCCUCGUGCAGGUGCUCGCCCCUGUCCUGUCAGCAUUCAUUACCACGGUAUCAACGCCGCCUCCGCCGCCGAUAUCGACCAAGCAGGCCGCGCAGGAGGCCGGCUGUGAGAUCUGCGGGAGGAACUGGGUGAACCUGACGUACCAUCACCUGAUCCCACGAUUCGUGCACGACAAGGUGGUGAAGCGCGGGUGGCACCGCGAGGAGGACCUCCAGAACGUGGCGUGGCUGUGCGGCGCCUGCCACCGGUUCGUGCACCGCUUUGCCGGCCACGAGGAGCUGGCGCGGCACUACUACACGGUCGAGCUCCUGAUGGAGGAGGAGAGCAUUGUCAAGUGGGCAGACUGGGUGGGCAGACUGAGAUGGAAGGGCCGGUGAUGCAGCGGGCAUGUGCCAUCCUGGGCAUGAUACCUAGCAGAGACAAUGCACCAACAAUCAAGCCACCCGCCCGUUGGACUCACUAGC